CGGGGCCGCGGCGGUCGGAGCAGGCGAGUGCGCGGGGCGGGCGGCGCGGGGGGCUCGGGGGGCGCCGCCGCCCCGCCGGCCCGGCGCUGCCGGGUCCUCCCCGAGUGUUGCGGGCAGCCUCGGGGCGGGACGGUGCGAGCCCCGGUUAGACGUUAGCCGCAGUUUUUGUGAGCAUAUGGUGCCUCUCCGAGGAGACCGCCGGGGCCACCACCGAGCACGCUGGCAGAGCUCGUGGCCUUCAGGGGAGUGUGUGCCCGUGUAGGGAUAAAUGCCGGUGUAACUCUGGUCGUCUCGCCGACAGGUACCGGUGACCCCGGCCGGGAAGGUCCUGAGCGCUCGGCAACAUGGCUUCCCCGCCCCACCAGCAGCUGCUGCAGCACCACAGCACGGAGGUGAGCUGUGACUCCAGCGGAGACAGCAACAGCGUGAGGGUCAAAAUCAACCCCAAGCAGCUGUCCUCCAACAGCCACCCCAAGCACUGCAAGUACAGCAUCUCCUCCAGCUGUAGCAGCUCUGGGGACUCGGCGGGCGUCCCCCGGAGAGUGGGCGCUGGAGGCCGCCUGCGCAGGCAGAAGAAGCUGCCCCAGCUGUUCGAGAGGGCCUCCAGCCGGUGGUGGGACCCCAAGUUCGACUCGGUGAACCUGGAGGAGGCUUGCAUGGAGCGCUGCUUCCCGCAGACCCGGCGCCGCUUCCGGUAUGCGCUCUUCUACAUCGGCUUCGCCUGCCUUCUGUGGAGCAUCUAUUUUGGGGUCCACAUGCGGUCCCGCCUGAUUGUCAUGGUAGCCCCUGCUCUGUGCUUCCUCGUCGUGUGUGGGGGCUUUUUUCUGUUUACCUUCACCAAGGUGUAUGCCCGGCAUUACGUGUGGACCUCUCUGGUUCUCACCCUCCUGGUGUUUGCCCUGACCCUGGCUGCCCAGUUUCAGGUUCUGACGCCUCUCUCAGGACGUGUUGACAGCUCCAAUCACACCCUCGCCACCAAGCCCACGGACACUUGUUUGUCUCAAGUGGGGAGCUUUUCCAUGUGCAUCGAAGUGCUCUUUUUGCUCUACACCGUCAUGCACUUACCUUUGUACUUGAGCUUGUGUUUGGGAGUGGCCUAUUCUGUUCUCUUUGAGACCUUUGGCUAUCACUUCCGAGACAAAGACUGCUUUCCCCCACCCGAAGCAGGGGCCCCACACUGGGAGCUGCUGAGCAGAGCCCUGCUCCACGUCUGCAUUCACGCCAUUGGGAUCCACCUCUUCAUCAUGUCCCAGGUGAGAUCCAGGAGCACCUUUCUCAAGGUGGGACAGUCAAUUAUGCACGGAAAGGAUCUGGAAGUGGAAAAAGCCCUGAAAGAGAGGAUGAUUCAUUCUGUGAUGCCAAGAAUCAUAGCUGAUGACUUGAUGAAACAGGGGGAUGAGGAGAGCGAGAAUUCUGUCAAAAGGCACGCCACCUCCAGCCCCAAGAACAGGAAGAAAAAGUCUUCCAUACAGAAAGCCCCUAUAGCGUUCCGCCCUUUUAAAAUGCAGCAGAUCGAUGAAGUCAGUAUUUUAUUUGCAGAUAUCGUGGGCUUCACCAAGAUGAGUGCCAAUAAGUCCGCUCACGCCCUGGUGGGUCUCCUCAACGAUCUGUUCGGUCGCUUUGACCGGUUGUGUGAAGAGACCAAGUGUGAGAAAAUCAGCACCCUGGGAGACUGCUACUAUUGCGUGGCAGGGUGUCCAGAGCCCCGGGCUGACCAUGCCUACUGCUGCAUUGAGAUGGGCUUGGGCAUGAUCAGAGCCAUCGAGCAGUUCUGCCAGGAGAAGAAAGAGAUGGUGAACAUGCGUGUCGGGGUUCACACGGGGACCGUCUUGUGUGGCAUUUUGGGCAUGAGGAGGUUCAAAUUCGAUGUGUGGUCCAAUGAUGUGAACUUGGCCAAUCUCAUGGAGCAGCUGGGAGUUGCUGGCAAGGUUCACAUUUCUGAGGCCACUGCAAAAUACCUAGAUGAUCGGUACGAAAUGGAAGACGGGAGGGUGACUGAACGGCUCGGCCAGAGCGUUGUUGCUGAUCAGCUGAAAGGUUUGAAGACAUACCUGAUAGCGGGUCAGAGAGCGAAGGAGUCUCGUUGCAGCUGUUCAGAGGCCUUGCUUUCUGGCUAUGAGGUCAUUGACGGCUCACGGGUGUCCUCAGGCCCUAGGGGACAGGGGACAGCAUCGCCAGGGAGUGUCAGUGACUUGGCGCAGACUGUCAAAACCUUUGAUAACCUUAAGGUUAGUUUUUUUUUUUUUUCCUACUUCUUAAACUUUGUAUUAAUUCUGCAGUAGCACAUGUGAAAUGAUAAGCGGCCUUUGGGUCUGUGGCAGACGACUUGGAACGCCCUGCAAUUUGGUUUUUGCAGUUUUUAAAUUUAGUCUGAAGUCAGCAGCAUUUUGCCUUUUUUAAUACCUUUGCUUUUUUGACAUAUAUGCACCUCCAUUUUCUUUCUACGCUGCAUCAAUUUGCUUCUUACUCGAGUUAUUUUCUUUUUCUGAGACCUACGCUGUCUUUUGGGAUUUUUGAAAGCUAAUGAUAAAUGACAGUAAAGGGGAUUCUUCUUGCAUCUUGCUUGUAGAGCUAGUUCGUAUCCUACUGCAGACACCAUUUUCUCAAGUGCUCCUAACGUCUCUUGAAAUCCAAUGUCUUAUGAUUAUUUUAACUUUGUUGGUGUGGAUGAAUCUUGUGGCGUAGCUCACUUUAAGAGUGCAUUCUUGCCAGGAAUGUUGUAAUAUUUCAUUGUUGGAACAGAGACCUCCUGGCGACUGUCUAGAAGUGCCCAUUUCUGUUAUAAUAAACUACCACGGGAUUAACAUGGCAGACGGACCGUGGGCAUUUGAAACCACUCCAGUUUAUGAGCUGCUCCUCGGCUUCCACAUUUGAUUUCAUUUUCCCUACUGGUAUCUCUGGUUUAUUUUUACGGUUGAAAUAUUUGAGGUUUCCAUUUAAUAAAAAAAAAAAAAAAAUGAAGGAGAGAGAGAGAGAGAGAGAGGCACUGUUGACAGUUCCACUUCACUGUGUUGUUGUGUCCUCAAACAGGUCAGGACGAUGGCCU